GCAUGUCCAAGCCGGCGGACCACGUCAAGCGUCCGAUGAACGCCUUCAUGGUGUGGUCCCGGGCCCAGCGGCGGAAGAUGGCCCAGGAGAACCCCAAGAUGCACAACUCGGAGAUCAGCAAGCGGCUGGGGGCCGAGUGGAAGCUGCUGACCGAGGCGGAGAAGCGGCCGUUCAUCGACGAGGCCAAGCGGCUGCGGGCCAUGCACAUGAAGGAGCACCCGGACUACAAGUACCGGCCCCGCAGGAAACCCAAGACGCUGCUGAAGAAGGACAAGUUCGCCUUCCCGGUGCCCUACGGGCUGGGCGGCGUGGCGGACCCCGACCACCCGGCGCUGAAGGCGGCGGGCGGGGGCGGCGGGGGGCUGCACGGCGGCGGGCCCGGGGGGCUGCUGCCCGACUCCCUCCUCGCCCACCCGGACAAGGCGGCCGCCGCCGCCGCCGCCGCCGCCGCCCGCGUCUUCUUCCCGCAGUCGGCCGCCGCCGCCGCCGCCGCCGCCGCCGGUCCUUACUCGCUGCUGGACCUGGGCUCCAAGAUGGCAGAGCUGUCGUCGUCGUCGUCGUCGUCGUCGUCGGUGGCCUCGGGGCUCCCCUACCCGUCGUCGCUGGGCUACCCGGCUCCGGCCGCCGGGGCCUUCCACGCCGCCGCCGCCGCCGCCGCCGCCGCUGCCGCCGCCGCCGCCGCCGGGGGAGGAUCGCACAGCCACUCGCACCCCAGCCCCGGCAACCCCGGCUACAUGAUCCCCUGCAACUGCAGCGCCUGGCCCGGGCCCGGCCUCCAGCCGCCCCUCGCCUACAUCCUCCUGCCGGGCAUGGGCAAGCCCCAGCUGGACCCCUACCCCGCAGCCUACGCCGCGGCGCUAUGACCCCCGCGACGCCCACCCGCACCGCCUCGAAAUGUCUGUCCGGACAGGGGCGGACUCUAGGAACCAGGCCCCGGCUAGACAGCCGCCCAUGUACAUAUGUAUAGGUAGGAGCUCCUCGCGUCCCCCUCGUCGUCCCCACGUCGUCUCUAGGGAGCCGCACAUGAGGUCUAAGGCCCCAGAGUGGAGAAGGCGAGUCUGGGGGUGUUGGAGAGGCGGGAGGGAGGGUGUGGGGCGUG